AUGCACCUCUCCGAUUCGAAACAGACCACCGCUACAACGCUACAGCCACGUCCAAGAGCCUGGCAGCAAUCGUACAAGCACACCGAGAACGUGCGGUCGACUCCGCAAAGUAGUCCAUCACCUGCGCCAUUCAGCGCACCGCCAGCAGCCCCUGAGCCACCUAAAGCCGCGCCAGCACCUGCGCCCCGUCAGGAGCCUUGUCACGACCUUGACCAGGACACGUACAACAUGUCACCACAAUCGGAACCUCUGCCUCAGCCGUUGCUGUUCCCGACAACACCACACCAGACAAGGCUGGGAACGAUUCAUGACUAUGCGCAUAAUACAUCCAGGCCUGUCAGACCGAAAGAUCUCAUAAUCGACCGGGUCUCCCAGGCGACCCUCGACGACCAAUCGUAUGGCCGUGAGGCGCAUAUUGACACCUCACAAGACGUUAUGAGUGAUGAGUCUUCAUCACUAAACGAGAUGUUGUCCCAGCCGGAACUGGACCAAGUCGUCAGUAGCGAUCCGGAGGAAGAGCGUGAGGAGCAGGAGGUUCCAUCUAUGCGUCAAGCAAUAUUCGAUCCCUGCACGGCGACAGUCGAUCAUGCUCUCGAGUUUGACGUGGUCGCAGCUGGCGUGUCACUGCCUAGCGAUAGUGGCUACGCAUCAACAGCCUUCGAGCCAGAGCACGAGCAGGGUACUGAGGAUGCCAUGCCAUCGGGAGACGUUUCAACACUCGCCAAUGACAGACCUUUCGACAAUGCUUCAAGGACGACCACGUGCUCUCUCGAUGUGCACUUUUCUGUGUCAGAAGAGGCGGACUCUGAACGCGGCGGGACUGACAGAGCCGCUCCGACUGAUGCGCUCCAGCAAGUCGAUCCUAACCCAGCCUCUGAACAGAGCUAUAGCCCUAUCAACAAGUCAGAUGAGAAUGAGGGUGAUGAUAUGGAUUCACUGUUUGGCGAGGAACCCGCGUCUAGUCAGACUGCCGAAAAUGAUGGGACCUCUCUCGUUCAUUCGAACGCCACAGUCGAAAGGGGCACUUCUGGAGUCGCAGGUCUCCAAGGGCUCUCAUCAGAUGAUGACGACGUAAAUAUGAGGGAUCUUACCCAAGGACAACACACCGAAAAUGCCCUUAAGACCGUCCAUGCUAGUCAUGAUUUCAGCACUGUUCGCGAUACGCCUAUGACAGACGUCGUUCCGGAGGUCAAGAGCGUAAUCGAGGAUGUCUCCAUGCUGAGACCUCAGAGCGCAGAAGGCAGCGCCUCAGAAUCUGUUGCUGAUGAAGAGAUGGAGGAGGCGGGUUCUGAUUCUGAAGAUGAGCUUGAGCAGGCUUUACGUGCAGCCUUAGCAGAGAACGCAGAGGAUGCAGAGGAUAAGACGAUGGUCUAUGCUCCGGCCGAUGGAGAAGGGAGAGUACAUACUUUGACUGCAAGUGUGGUAUUGCCACAAGCUGCCUCGAGGCUGCUACCUUCAUUGAACACGCCAUUAACGAAUGCCGACACCGAAAGGGGUGGGAUGGCUAAUCAAUUGCAGCUACCACUCCUCAUGCCAAAGCCUGGUCUAGCAUUACCGGCAAGAUCGGAGGGUGUAGUGUCAUGUUCUAUCGCUCGCGAUAGAGGGCUUCAAAUCGAGGACAAGACUCGGAAGCUCGGUGAAGAGUCCAAAGAAACGACAAAUAGUCAGCCGACUAUACCAGGACCAGAAGUCGAUAUGACUAGUGCACUUCCCAAGGUCCCAACAAAGCCUGCCUCGGGCGUGUUUGUCAACGCUUCUGUCAAACCACGAAAGUCUCCGCCUCUCGUUCCAGCUCUCAAGAUGCCGAGCACUACCAUACUGCAGGGAGAGACGUUCUCACCAAUGCCGUCAAUUCCAGAAGAAACUCCUCUCAAACAGUCCGCCCAGCUCCUAGUCCCGACAGCGGAGAAUCCAGCAAUAAAGCAAGUGAAUGAAAGCGUCCUGACCCCGAGCAUCAUCGCUGCACUAGCAGAUGCGAUAUGCCGCCACUGUAAGAAAGGAGUUCUUGACACAACAGAAAAGAUGAGAUGCUUCAUACAGCAACGACGAUGUGGCGACUGCGUCUUCAAAUUCACAGAGGACCCCAAAAAGGCCCGCGCACGUGAAGAGACUGGCGAGCAAGCGGAAGCAAUUCGCAAAGCUGAUACCCGCAAAAGGAUGUUUGAUCUCGAGGCCAUUCGUCGAGCCGAACAAGACAACGACAAUACCAUGCAGGGUGUCAGAAUGUACGAUGGCCUUCGGUACCAGUCAGGUGACCGUCCGAACAUCAUGGAUGGUAGAGAUCCAGGAGAUGGUCUGGAAGGACGAAGACUGGGAACUGUACCUCUGUGCGGGAAUGGUGCCAAAUAUGUUGACCCUAUUCCCAGUGCCGCGCAUAAACCUCUCUACAACCUCAACGAAAGCCAGCGUGAUGAAAUGAUCAACAAAUGGCUCUUCGGAAUCAUAGAAGAUCUAACAGAGAGACCAGAUAAUCCAGCAGCAUUCUCAAAAGCUAGCAGAGGUCCUUGUUACGUCACAGGCCUUCUCUACAUCUUCUUGGGUCGUCUGCGUAUCAUUGGGGAUUACAUGAAAGAGAGGUCCUGGAAGAUGGGACGUGGACCUGCAAACAUGGUCAAAACAAAAGCCAACAACCUGCUAGGACCGUAUAGCGUCUUUUCGACGUUGAUUCGGAGGGUGAAAGCUUAUAAGAGUGCUGAAGGAGAGCAUCAGGUCCCUCUAGAUCUGUUGCGGGAGGUGAAGGCGAUAUUGCAGGAACUUGCAACGAAGCCUGGACCAAGUGAUUGGACGGGAUAG